CCUCAUGUCUGUGUUCAGUUACAAGUCACGGCGGUGCUAGCUGGUGACAAAUAAUGGAGGACAUGGGUGGCAUGCGUCACCACUUGCUGUGCCCCAUCUCGCUGCAGCCCAUGCAGGACCCCGUCACGGCGCCAACCGGCAUCACCUACGACCGCCGCGCCAUCGAGCGCUGGCUCGCCGUCGGCCAUGCCACCUGCCCCGUCACCGGCCAGCCGCUCGCCCUCGCCGACCUCACCCCCAACCACACGCUCCGGAGGCUCAUCCAGUCCUGGCGCCCGCGUUCCACGACGCCGGCGGCGGGGUCAAAUAAGCCUGUGGAUGUAGGGCACCGGCCGGAUGAUGUCGCCGCCGACGUCGCCAAGAAGCUGCUGUACGCAGCGUGUUGCCCGCCGGUGGACGUGAUCCGCGAGGCUGCUGAUGUCGUGUCACAGAGCGACGUGGCGCGGCGGAUCAUGGUGGACGCCGGCGUGCUCCAGCGCGUGCUCCGCCUGGCCGUGUCGUGCGCCAAGACCAAGAGCUGUCGCGGUGAUCAGGAGGGGAGCCUAGACGACAUGCCCACGGUGGAGGCGUGCCUGGAUCUCGUCCGCGCGCUCGCUGUCUCCGGCGACGAGCUCCGGCCCCUAGUCGCCGAUAAGCACGUGCAUGAACUCGUUGACGCGGUGACGGACGUGCUCGUAGCCCUCGAGCCCGGCCCCGGCAACGCCGCAAGAGCGAGCGCGGUGCAUCUGCUGGAUGCCGUGACGGAGGUGUGCGGCGCGCCGGUGCUGGAGCGUCUGCGGCCGGAGCUCUUCCGCGCCGUCACGGCGGUAGUGCGCGACCGUGUGUCCCCCGGUGCGACGCGGUCCGCGCUGCGGGCUCUCCUGCACGCGUGCCCCGUGGGCAGGAACCGCACGCUGGUCGUGGACGCCGGCGCCGCGCACGAGGCUAUCGAGCUGGAGCUCGACGCGUCGCCGCCGUCCGAGGGGUCCGCGGCGGGGGGCAGGAGGGCGGCGGAGCUGGCCAUGGCGCUGCUGGCGGAGCUAUGCGCGUGCGCGGACGGGCGCGCGGCGGUGGCAGCGCACCCGGCAGGCGUCGCCGUGGUGGCGCGGCGGCUGCUGCGCGUGUCCGCGGCCGCCGACGCCUGCGCGGUGCGCGUGCUGGCGGCCGUGGGCGGCCGGGCGGCGUCCCCGGAGGUGCUGCGGGAGAUGGCGCGCGUGGGCGCCGUGGGGAAGCUCUGCUGCGUGCUGCAGGCGGACUGCGACGCCGCCGUCAAGGAGGCCGCCAGGGCCGUGCUGAGGCUGCACUCCGGCGUCUGGAGCGGGUCGCCCUGCGUCAGCGCAUACCUGCUCUCUAGAUACCUCUAGUCGUCGUUGCCAUUAAUGGCAUGCGACCGUGCAAAACCAUACAAGCAAGCAUCUGCAGCCAAGCACUGCAAUUCUUGCAUCUUCAGAGUAACCAACAUAUUGAAUACUAGUGUAGUUGUAACUAGCUUGUAGGUCAGAUUCAUUGAUUUUGUUGGUUGAUCGAUCAAAAGUUGUGUAAUUUGUAAAUGGUAAUCCAUCGAUCCGUUACCAUCGGAUUUUGUACAAAGUUGAAUUUGAGAGGAAGAGAGAAUAAGCUGCGUGGGUAACGCUGAACA